UUACGUAUCUUAAGAAGAUUUUUCAAGUAUUUUUAGAGAAAACUUAACUUAUCGACCUACGAAUUUUGUGGCCCUCCAAAAAAUAUGAUCAAGAAAUCAUUUCGAAACGUUUUUGUCACCGUAGGCACGACUCAGUUCGAGGAGCUGGUUGGAAGUGUGCUAUCGACGGAAGUUCUGCAGCAGCUGGAAACUCUGGGAUGUGAAACACUGACGAUACAACGAGGAAAAGGAUCGACUCCGGAUCUGCCGGACAUCCAGAAACGUACGAAGAUCCGGCUAGCCUGUUACGAUCUGAAGCCUACCAUCGGAGACGAUAUUAAACAAGCGGAUCUCGUCAUCAGCCACGCAGGAGCAGGAAGUUGCAUCGAGGUCCUGGAAGCCGGCCGGCCACUCGUUGUCGUUGUGAACGAAUCUCUGAUGAACAAUCAUCAAACCGAGCUCGCGGAAAGGCUGAGUCGAGAUGACCAUCUGUUCUACUGCACUCCGAGCAGCUUACAGCAAACCUUGGCCGAGGCAGACUUUGGCCGUUUGCGAAAAUUGGGUCCCGGAUCGUUGGAUGGUUUUGUUGAUCAUCUGAACAAAUUUAUGGGCUUCCAAUGAAUGAUUAUUCAAGGCUUUUAAUUCCACUGUGCAACUUGUGAUGCUGAGAGAUAAAAUGGCUGUGGGUUUUUAUAAUUUCGGAAAAUAAAACAUAAAAACAUUGGUGUGCGACUC